AUGGCUACAGCAACGAUCUCGCGUUUAGUACAACGGCUCCGCAGUGCGCCACAGGAGCAUCCGUUUGGGUUCGGCGUGGUCUUCUCGACAGCCAAGACGUCUGCGGCCGACGCAUUGGUCCAGGUGGUGGUUGAGCAGCGCGAGGCGUUUGACUGGCGGCGCAACCUCGGGUUUGCCGCCUUUGGCUGCCUCUAUCUCGGCGGACUGCAGUAUGCGAUGUUUGUGCCGAUGUUCCGGCGGCUCUUUCCGUACACCGACGAGUUCCUGGCCAAGCCGCUGCGGCUGCGGCUGGCGGACACGCGCGGAUGGAAGGUGGUCGGCCAGCAGGUGUUUGUGGAGCAAGCGCUCAUCAACCCAUACCUCUACUUUCCGGCCUUUUAUGCGUGCAAGAGCCUGGUCGCCGGCGAGCCGCUGGCCGAGGCGCGAGCGCGGUACAUAGCCAACUUCCGUAACGACGUGCUCGCGUGCUGGGCCAUCGGCCUCCCGGCCUCGACCAUCAACUACACGCUGCUCCCGUUUUGGCUCCGGGUCCCGUACAUUGCCUGCAUCUCAUUCUUCUGGACUGCCGUCCUGAGUCUGAUGCGCGGCUCCGAGGGCUCGUCGGCCAAGGACGACAGCGGCGCCGAGGCGGCGGAGGCCGGCGAUUCGGUCGUCGCUGCGGUCUGUCUCCCUGCUAGUGGCGGAGCGCGACUUGGACUCGGCGCGCUCACGGCAAAGCAAGUCUGGCGGGUGACGGCCGCGGUCGAUGCGCACCAGGACGUGGUAGCGCGGACUCAGGUGGAGGCGGUGCAGGGCUCGCGUGGCGAGCGAUGCGCGGGCUGAGCGCCUGGCAGGGUUAGUGAGAGCUCUGGCGGCGGCAGUGGAAAGCUGAGAGCGCUACUGCAUGGCAGAGGGGCCGGCAGCGCCGCUGUCGGCAGCGAGUGCACGGCGCUGGAUCUCGCGCUGGUUGACAAGGAGGUGGCGGGCGCGUUUGGUCCCGCGCGACUGGUUCUGCUGGAUGCGGCGCUUGCGCUCGGCCUUGCGCCCCUCCUGGGUGGUGGGCUUCUCGUAGGCGAGGAUAAGCGAGCGG